AUGGAGCAACUCUGGAUGUUUUCAAUGUUUCUGCUUCUGCUGCUGAGUCUUUCAGGAGUGUACUUUGUAAAACAACUCCGGUUACUCAGAAGAUGCCCACCGGGGCCUUUGCCACUUCCUGUAAUUGGAAUCGGCUGGUUGACUGGUUUUAGGCUUACUCCGGAUCUACUGGUUCAGCUUGCGAAACGUUACGGAAACAUUUACACGCUACUGGCAUGGAAUUUACCUGUAAUAGUGCUAUCAGGAUACAAAGUUGUAAAACACGGGUUGAUCGACCAUGCUGACUACUUCUCUGAGCGAGUAGAGACCCCAUUUUUAAGAGAUCUGUCCAAAGGGAAAGGCAUUAUUCUUUCCAACGGACACACUUGGAAGCAGCAGAGGCGAUUUGGCUUAGUUGCUAUGCGGAAACUUGGAGUGGGGAAGACAAGCAUAGAGAUUGAAAUCCAAGAAGAAGCCGCUCAGCUAGUGGAGACCUUCACUCAUGCCAACGGUCAGCCCUUAGAUCCUUUGCUGCCGGUCACCAACGCUUUCUUCAAUUUGAUAGCCAUCUUGGUGUUUGGCUACCGAUUCUCUCUUGAAGAGGAAAACUUUCAGAAACUAACCGACGGCAUAAAUUAUGGCACAAGGUUUAUGGGCAGCUUCUCCCAUGUGCUGUACGAAGUAUUUCCCUGGCUGAUGAGUCGCAUUCCUGGGCCACAUCAAAAGACGCUGUCCCAUUUUAAGUUUAUCUAUGAUCUGGUGAAGGAGGAAAUUGAGAAGCACAAGGAAAACCAGUCCUUGCACGAACCCCGAGAUUUUAUUGAUUACUAUCUACUUCAGUUGAAAAGAAGCAAGAAUGAACCCAGCAAUACCUACGAUGAAGAUAAUCUGGCUGCGUGCAUUGUUGAUUUUUUUAUAGCCGGGACAGAGACAAGUGCCACUACUUUGCAGUGGGCCCUGCUUUACAUCACCAAUCAUCCAGAUGUCCAAGAUGAAGUAUACAAGGAGAUACAAACUAAUUGUUCCUCCGGCUUAAUUUGCUACCAGGAUCGAAAGAAACUGCCCUAUACCAAUGCUGUGAUUCAUGAGAUCUUGCGGAUAAAUUAUAUCUUAAGUUUUGGUAUUGCCAGAAGAUGCAACAAGGAUAUGAACAUGCUUGGUUUUUACAUUCCAAAGGGAUCUAUAAUUGUACCCGAUCUCCGUUCAGUUCUUCUGGAUACCACGCAGUGGGAGACCCCUGAAAAAUUCAACCCCAAUCAUUUUUUGGACAAAGAUGGAAAAUUUAUGGCGAGGGAAGAAUUUAUUCCUUUUGGAGCAGGGGCGCGCAUCUGUUUGGGAGAGCAGAUAGCGAGAAUGGAGAUUUUCCUUGUCUUUACCAACCUGCUGAGGAACUUCCGUUUCCAGCUGCCUAGAGGAGUUAAACAAUUAAGUGAAGAACCUAUGAAUGGACUUACAGUGCAUCCCCAUUCUUAUAAAAUCUGUGCUAUUCCCCGCCACAAUGCAUUGUAA